CUCCAUGUGGGUCCCUAACUUCACUCAAACAAUCUACCAAACAUCAUCAUCAUCAUCUGCAUUCACAUUUACUGUUUUCCGUCACAGACGACAACAAUCAGUCAACAAAAUAACUAGUACUACGUGGAAACUCGGUCUUUCAUCAAUCCGACGUCGUUUUGCUCAUCAUUCCACCAUGGCUGACAUGAUCAAUGUCGUUUACAAAAAUGCAAACCAACCCAUAGAAGCCAGAGUCAAAGAUCUUAUGCCCCGCAUGACUCUGAAAGAAAAACUUGGUCAAAUGACUCAAAUCGAACGUGCAGUUGCUACUCCUGAUGUCAUCAAUCAUCUUUGCAUAGGAAGUGUGCUAAGUGGUGGGGGAAGCAAGCCACACGAGAAUGCAACGGCGUCAGAUUGGGCGGAUAUGGUGGACGGGUUACAAAAAGGGGCAUUAGAAUCGAGGCUUGGCAUUCCGAUAUUUUAUGGUAGUGAUGCUGUUCAUGGUAAUAACAAUGUAUAUGGCACUACUAUCUUCCCUCACAAUGUUGGCCUUGGCGCGACCAGAGAUCCGGAUUUAGUUGAGAUGAUAGGUGCUGCAACUGCUCUGGAAACAAGGGCUAGUGGUGUUCAAUAUGCAUUUGCUCCUUGUGUUGCUGUAUGUAGAGAUCCAAGAUGGGGAAGAUGCUACGAAAGCUAUAGCGAAGAUACCCAAUUAGUUAGAAAAAUGACUUCAUUGGUAACAGGCUUGCAGGGGAGACCUCCUAAAGACCAUCCAAAUGGUUACCCUUAUGUAGCUGGAAGGAAUAAUGUUAUGGCUUGUGCAAAGCAUUUUGUUGGAGAUGGCGGUACUGACAAAGGGAAAAACGAAGGCAAUACUAUAAUCUCAUAUGAGGAUUUGGAAAACAUCCAUAUGUCACCAUAUCCAGAUUGUAUUUCAAAGGGUGUUUGUACAGUUAUGGCAUCCUAUUCAAGUUGGAACGGAACCAAAAUGCACUCUCACCGUCAUCUUCUAACCGAUAUUCUCAAAGAGAAGCUAGGCUUUAAGGGUAUUGUGAUUUCAGAUUGGGAAGCACUUGACCGUUUCCACGACCCUUAUGGAUCAAACUACAGAGCUGCUGUUUCAUCUGCCGUUAAUGCUGGAAUUGACAUGGUGAUGGUUCCAUUCAGAUAUCAGUUAUUUUUGGAGGAUUUGGAAUAUUUAGUAGAAUCUGGAGAGGUACCCAUGGCAAGGAUUGAUGAUGCUGUUGAACGCAUACUAAGAGUUAAAUUUGCUGCUGGGCUUUUUGAAUACCCCAUGACCGAUAGAUCUUUGCUCGAUAUCGUGGGCUGCAAGAAACAUAGAGAAUUAGCACGUGAAGCAGUUCGCAAGUCAUUGGUUUUGUUGAAAAACGGGAAGGAUCCAAGAAAACCAUUUCUGCCGUUAGAUAGAAAUGUGAAAAGGGUUCUUGUCGCUGGAAAACAUGCAGAUGAUCUGGGUUUCCAGUGUGGAGGUUGGACCGCCACGUGGGAAGGAACUAGUGGAAGAAUCACAAUCGGAACAACGAUUCUUGAUGCUAUUAAAGAAGCAGCAGGAGACAAUACUGAAGUGGUAUAUGAAGAAAACCCGACAACUAAAAGCCUUUCUGGACAAGAUUUUUCUUAUGCUAUUGUAGUCGUUGGUGAAGCUCCAUACGUAGAAUCUGGUGGUGAUAAUUCAGAACUCACCAUUCCAUUUAAAGGGGAUGAACUAUUAAAGCUUGUUGCAGAGAAAAUCCCAACUCUCGCAAUUUUGAUAUCUGGCAGGCCAUUGGUUAUAGACCCAUCGGCCCUGGAAAUGUUGGAUGCAUUAGUUGCUGCUUGGUUGCCUGGGACGGAAGGAAAUGGGAUAACUGAUGUUAUAUUUGGAGAAUACGAGUUCCAUGGACUGCUUCCAGUUUCAUGGUUUAAAUCGGUUGAUCAACUGCCUAUGAAUGCUCAUCAAAACUCAUAUGAUCCAUUGUUUCCCAUUGGGUAUGGACUAAAAUCUAAAGUUUAAACACAUAUCUGUCGAUAGUUGUGCUUGUGCUUUCCGUAUCGUGUUAUUGUGUAUUAUAAUUAUAAUUAUUCAUAAACUUGAAUGUAAUUUUUAUCAUGGGAAUAGUUUCUGUAUCACUUUCGAUGCUUUGAUAUAUAGUACCUUUGUUUUGUAA